AUGGACACGCAGGGAACUUUCGAUAACACAUCCACCUACCAGCAGUGCCUCACUAUCUUCGCUCUUUCUACGAUAAUCAGCUGUGUCCAGAUCUAUAAUGUAGUUGACAAUAUCCAAGAAGAUGCUUUGCAACAUCUCUCAUUGUUUGUGGAAUACGGAAGGCUGGCAAUGGCAGAAGCGCGGCAGUUCGGCAAGCCAUUUCAGAAUCUGGUAUUCUGCGUACGCGAUUUCAAGAAUCCAGAAGAAUAUGGCUACGGUGAGGAGGGUGGGGCGAAAUUUUUGCAACAAGUAUUGAAGACAUCCGUUGAUCAACCCGAAGAAAUUCGGUGCGUUCGGGAGCAACUGUCGGACUGUUUUGAGCAAAUCUCCUGUUACCUGCUUCCUCAUCCUGGAUACCGAGUCGCUGAACGCCAAUCUUUUAGAGGACAUGUCAAAGAUUUGCGGCCGGUAUUUCGCGAAGAGUUGAAGAAGAUGGUGCCAUCGUUACUAAAUCCGCACGCUUUGCAGCCCAAGAUUGUUAAUGGCAAGCCUGUCACAUGCAGAAAAUUAAUACAGUAUUUUAAGGAGUAUGUGAACUCUUUUGACGGUAGUGCUAUGCCAGAGGCGCACAGCAUAUUGAAUGCCAAUGCGAAGUUGAUUUGUAUCGAAGCCGCAAACGAAGCCAAAAUCGCCUACUGUCGUGGAAUGGACAGGUCCACAACGGGAUCACGAAUGAUGCCUGAGAAAAGGUUGUUGGAAGCACACAUAAAGCAUGGCAUUACCGCAUUGAACAUCUUCGAUAAGUGCCCGAAAAUAGGAACUGCAGAGAUUAGGAGCAGAGCUUUGGCAAAACUUCAAGAGGACAUCAAUGUAAGGACACCAAAAUUCACUAUUGUUAAAAUUUACAUCGAAUUACAUACUGAGAACCAUGAAACAUAAAU